ACAACGUUCGGGCCGUGCUGCGGCAGUGAUACGUGGCGUUCCAUUCUCUUCCUCUCUGGCCUGAAGCUCAGCGGUCCGGCUCUACCAUGGCCACGGUACCGGAGCUACAGGCGAAAAUCCGAGCUCUCGAAGACGAGCUGGCGGCGGAAAGGGCCGGGAAAGCCGGCUCGGGGGAGCAGCCGUGCCAGCGCAAGAAAAUAGAGAAGAUGAGCGCGGAGGUGGUGGAUUCCAACCCUUACAGUCGGCUGAUGGCUCUCAAACGGAUGGGAAUUGUUGCAGAUUAUGAGAAAAUUCGGGAGUUUGCAGUGGCAGUAGUGGGUGUCGGUGGGGUUGGAAGUGUGACAGCUGAAAUGUUGACAAGAUGUGGCAUUGGUAAGCUCUUAAUCUUUGACUAUGACAAGGUCGAACUGGCAAAUAUGAACAGACUUUUCUUUCAGCCUCAUCAAGCCGGCCUCAGUAAAGUGGAAGCAGCUAAACACACACUGAGGAACAUUAACCCUGAUGUUCAGUUUGAAACUCACAACUACAAUGUCACUACAAUGGACAACUUUCAGCAUUUUAUGGAUCGAAUCCGGAACGGUGGGUUGCAGGAAGGACAGCCUGUGGACUUGGUACUGAGCUGUGUGGACAACUUUGAGGCCCGAAUGGCAAUCAACACAGCGUGCAAUGAGCUUGAUCAGGUGUGGAUGGAGUCCGGGGUCAGUGAGAAUGCAGUGUCGGGACACAUUCAGUUUCUUAUCCCAGGACAGACGGCCUGUUUUGCAUGUGCCCCCCCACUUGUGGUGGCUGCGAACAUUGAUGAAAAGACGCUGAAACGUGAAGGGGUGUGCGCGGCCAGUUUACCCACCACCAUGGGCGUCGUAGCUGGGCUGCUUGUACAAAAUGUCCUGAAGUACCUUCUAGGCUUUGGCUCUGUGAGUUACUACUUGGGCUAUAAUGCAAUGCAAGACUUCUUUCCAACAAUGGCAAUGAAACCAAAUCCGAACUGCGAUGAUCAAAGCUGCCGGCUCCGACAGGAAGACUACAAGAAGAAAGAAGCAACGCAUCCAAAGCAACAAUUAGUUGAAGAGGAUGAACAGAUUGUACAUGAGGAAAACAACUGGGGUAUCGAGCUAGUUUCGGAGAUAUCUGAGGAAGAAUUGAAAGCUGCAUCCGGCCCUGUGCCUGACCUUCCAGUGGGAAUCACCGUUGCAUACACGGUGCCUGAUAAGCAGGAGGAGGACACAGCUAACAGCGGAGAGACUGUACAAGAGACGGAGCAGAGUCUGGAGGAGCUCAUGGCUGCAAUGAAACGCCUUUAACAUCUUCAUCAAUGCAAUCAAGUUGUUACAUAUGAUGGAAAUGAAUCAGACCAUUUUCAACAUGAAGACUGCAAGAGUAGUGGUCCUGCCUCUUAGCCAGGAGGCCCAGGUUCAAGACCCACCUGCUAACAUUUCUCAUCAAUCUGUUCGGAAAAUAUCUUGACACAAAGACCUUGUUUGACAGAGCUGAUUUGUGCAAGUUACUGUCAUCAAUAACAGUAAAACAUGGUGGUUCCAUUAUAUUUAAUUUUUUUUAAUGGCUCGCAGUUUAUGUAUUGUCAUCUCUUUGUACUCCCCCAAAGCUAGUGUGUGUAAAUGUAUGACUGUAUAUAAUUAAAUAAGACAAACCUAAGUGACACAA